AUGUCAAGUCCUAAGUUCGUAUCCAAAGAUGUGCAGGUGAUUCCAUGGGUUUUAAGUGAUGGUCACUUCUCAAAGUCAACUCCUAAGCCAGAGGAUAUGAAACGUUCUGUAUUUGUUGGAGCGCUGCAUGCAUUGAUUACUGCAGAAGCACUCGUGAAAAUUAUGGAUGAUAUAUUUGGAAAUGUUGUUUACGCAGCUUUGGAUACAGAUCGGUACAAAUAUCCUACUGGUUCUGCUAGAGUGGUUUUCUCGAGUAAUAAAAGUUAUACAAAGGCUAUCAUUGCUAAUUUUGUCAAUAUUCGAACGCCGAAAUUCAUCAAAACAAUUCAAAUAGAUCCCUAUCUAGAAGAUACGGUUUGUAGCAGUUGUACCACAUUUCCCGGUAUAUAUUUUUGCAGAGCAUUAGAAUGUUUCAAAUAUUUCUGUCCAGCUUGUUGGUAUGUACGACAUAAAUCAUUUGAUAAUUCCUACAUGCAUAUACCAUUACGACGUGGAUUCAGGACGAAUGUUGAUCAUCAAUAA